GUGAGACGGGCUUAGUCGUCCUGCAGGUAUGACAACCAAAAAGGAAAUCGUUGGAUCUUUGACAGAGCAGUCUGCAUCCUGACGCACACAAGCUACGGACUUUACGCGCACAUUGUCUCAUUGGACAGAUCGUAUACAGCAUCACCAAAGACGACCAAACAAGAUGAAGUUGGAGGUGUUGUGCGGGAGCCAGUAUGCCAUGAAGCAUUUGGAGAUGUCCAGUGAUGCAGAGGGGAGUGUGCGCUCCCCUCUUUCUGCCGAGGAGGAACUGGGGUCGGAUGGGGACUGCGUGGCGCACAGCCCCCCACCUGUUCCUCCGUGCGGCAGCAGCAAGUCAAAGCCGUACACGCGAAGACCCAAACCCCCGUUCUCAUACAUCGCUCUCAUCGCCAUGGCGAUCCGGGACUCCCCGCGCGGACGUCUGACUUUGGCGGAAAUAAACGACUAUCUGAUGAUGAAGUUUCCGUUCUUCAGGGGCAGCUACACCGGCUGGAGGAACUCGGUUCGGCACAACUUGUCUCUAAAUGACUGCUUUCUCAAAGUGCUCCGGGACCCGUCGAGACCUUGGGGGAAGGACAACUACUGGAUGCUGAAUCCCCACAGCGAGUACACGUUCGCUGACGGCGUGUUUCGGCGCCGAAGAAAGCGCAUCAGCAAGAAGUUCGGCGCGGAGCAGGCGGCGUCCGAGCAGGCAGAGGAGCCGCCGACCAUUCCGCAGGCUGCCGCCAACACCAAGACCGAUUCAUGCGUCAAGUUCACUAGUUCAUUUGCCAUAGACAGCAUCCUCAGCAAGCCGUACAAGAGAGACUCAAACAAAGAACAUUUCCCUCCCCUCCCUGCCUUCGCCUGGCCUUGCUACACUGAACUAAUGACGCCCCCUUCAAAUGCACCUUCCUUUUUUCCAUACGUUAAGGCACCUUGCCACAUGGACUCCUGCGCUGCUGCGCAUGUGUCAAACGCCUAUGGCGUUGGGCUGCUUUCACAGACGGUCCCGCAAUAUCAGAAGUAAACUCUCUUUUAUCUGAUGAGUAAAAAUCAUCAACGUGCACUAAUGAUGGACACAGAGGAGGGAGAGGACCAGACACCAGAGACAGAACUGUUUCCAUCUGUAUUGGGAUUACAUCGGAUUUGAUAUUAUGGUGCUGGCAGGGUGUUACACUUUCUUCUUUUUUGUACCUCUGGUCAUUGACCUUUGAAGCAUUAUCAGAUUUGAUAUUUUAUACACAAUUGUUUGUUGUAAAUG